AUAUCGUAGAAGUGCCUGAUUAUUUCAUUAGGUGCAACUGAAGCGCUGAAUCGGUGUCUAUCAUGUCUUGGUCCCGUGGUUUACUUCUAUCGGUGUCGUUCUUGUUCUUGUUCAAUCAUGAAGAAGCAGCGAGCGUCUGGAAGAGAGCGGCUAACACCUGCGGCUAUGAGUCAUGUCCUGCGACGGAUCCAAAGAAAUUAAAUAUUCAUUUAGUUGCUCACACUCACGACGAUGUUGGCUGGCUGAAAACGGUUGAUCAGUACUAUUUCGGAAGCCGGUCGAAGAUUCAACUAGCAGGAGUGCAGUACAUUCUAGACAGCGUCGUUCAAGCACUGCUGGCUGAUCCUGAAAGAAAGUUCAUCUACGUCGAAACUGCAUUCUUGUGGAAAUGGUGGUUGCGGCAAAACGAGAAGGUGAGGGAGGAUGUAAGGAAUUUGAUAAAUGAAGGAAGAUUGGAAAUUAUCAACGGCGGUUGGAGUAUGAACGACGAGGCAGUCACUCAUUAUCACUCUCUCGUCGAUCAAUACACCUGGGGUUUCCGACGUUUGAACGAUACGUUCGGAAGCUGCGCGAGGCCGCACAUAGGAUGGCAAAUCGAUCCCUUCGGUCAUUCAAGAGAACAGGCUUCUUUACUCGCGCAAUUAGGAUUCGACGGGAUGUUCCUUGGCCGGCUCGAUUAUCAAGACAAGAAUCACAGGCUUGCGAGUAAAACAAUGGAAUUCAUUUGGAAAGGAAGUCCAAGCUUAGGGACACGCGCGGACUUGUUCACAGUUGCCUUAUAUAAUACUUAUUCUCCACCACCUGGUUUCUGUUACGAUGUUUUAUGCAGAGACGAGCCGAUAAUCGACGAUCCCGACAGUCCAGAUUACAAUGUGAAAGAAAGGGUCGAAGCGUUACUGAAUUACGCGAAUCGUCAAGCAGCCUCGUACAAGACAAAUAACGUUAUUUUCACUAUGGGCGAAGACUUUAAUUAUCAACAGGCUGAAUUUUGGUUCAGUAACUUGGAUAAAUUGAUCAGGUACGUGAAGGAGUUGAAUGGUACCGAAGUGAACAUAUUUUAUUCUACGCCAUCGUGUUAUUUGAAAGCUGUGCACGACACGAAGCUUCAGUGGGUGACCAAGGAGGACGAUUUCUUCCCUUACGCGAGCGAUUCUCAUUCGUAUUGGACCGGAUACUUCUCCUCCAGGCCAGCGAUCAAAUUCUUUGAAAGAAUGGGAAACAACCUUCUACAGGUAUCCAAACAAUUGUCUGUGCUGAUGCAAUUAAAAGGUAGCGAGAAACAAUUAGAAUCAUUUCGGGAAGCGAUGGGCGUAAUGCAACAUCACGAUGCAGUUACUGGUACUGAGAAACAAUUAGUUGCGUACGAUUACGCUCGCUUAUUGUUUGAUAACAUGCAACAGGGAUUAAAUAUCGCUUCCGAGGGUAUUAGAAAAUGGCAAGCGAAUGGACAGACUGAAUUGGAGCAAGUGAACAUGUACUCCUGCAUGCUAACGAAUAUUAGCUCGUGCUCGUACACGGAAACCGAAGAUUUCGAACUCGUAGUUUACAAUCCCUUGAGUAGAAAUGUUGUAUCUCCCGUUCGUAUUCCCAUUACUAAACAAGACAGAGUUGUCGUGGAUAUGAGAGAUUGUUCGGAGAUCGUGUCGCAAACCGUUCCUAUUCCGACCUCCGUCCGUGCAAUACCGGGUAGAAACAGUAAUGCAACGCACGAGCUUGUAUUCCUCGCAACGUUACCGCCCUUGGGUUACAAGUCUUAUAGUAUUAAAAAAGAGCCAAAGGUAACGGAUCAAAUAGCCGUCAAAGAAAAUUCCAUCGGCAACGAGUUUUAUACGGUCACCGUCAACAAAAAUGGCCAAAUUUCUGUAGAAUGGAAGAAAGAGAAAAUGAAUUUGGUUCAAUCGUUCCAUUACUACGAGGGAAUGGAAGGCAAUAACGAAGUGGCUCAAAACAGAUCAUCGGGUGCAUACAUUUUCAGACCCAAUGGGGUGUCUGCUAGGAACUUCCAGUUACCUGGUUCUUACGAGAUUUUCAAAGGUCCGUUAGUGGAGGAGAUUCAUCAAUAUGUCGCUGGUUGGAUACACCAGGUAAUUAGAGUUUACAGAGGAAAAGAGUAUGUCGAAUUCGACUGGCUCGUUGGCCCGAUACCCGUCGAAGAUAAGAUUGGCAAAGAAGUAGUAACGAGAUAUUCUAGUAACUUGGAUUCCGCGGGACUAUUUUAUACCGAUAGUAAUGGUCGCGAAAUGUUAAAACGAAAGAGGAAUUACCGUCCAACGUGGAAUUUGAGAUUAGAGGAACCGGUGUCUGGCAAUUAUUAUCCAGUUAAUUCAAAGAUUUCUGUGAAAGAUGAAGAGAAACAGUUGAAGCUGAGCGUCUUAACUGACAGGGCUCAGGGUGGUACCAGCAUGAUUGAUGGCGAAAUCGAAAUGAUGCUCCAUAGAAGACUUUUAAAGGACGACGCGUUCGGCGUUGGCGAAGCUCUUAACGAGACUGCGUACAACGAAGGUUUAGUGAUUAGAGGUACCCAUUAUAUCAUCGGAGGAAGCAUAAAAAAUCUUGACGAACUUGCAACGAAGGAGAAAAUUUUAGCUCUUCAAACUUUGCUCCGACCUUGGCCUUUCGUUAGCCCUGCCGAAACAGAUUCUUUUAAGUGUCCACAGGACACGCGUGUUCCAGAGAAUACUGGUUUGGCUAAAUCUCUUCCACCGAACGUUCAUAUUUUGACAUUGGAACCGUGGAAAGACGAUGCUGUUUUACUAAGAUUGGAACAUAUCUUUGAAGUGGGUGAAACCGAAAGUUUAUCCGCGCCCGUGGAAGUUAAUAUUCAAGAUUUGUUCGCGAAUUUCACAAUCGCAUCCAUCGAAGAGACGACGUUAGGUGCCAAUCAAUGGUCCAAAGAUAUGAAUCGACUGAUCUGGAAAGCUGAAACGAAUGAAGUUCUUAGAGAAGAUAAGAAUCCGUCUCCUCCCGUGGAGAUUAAAGACGGCGGUGUAAACGUUCUCUUACAACCAAUGGAGAUACGAACAUUUAUAGUUAAGCUUGUACCAGUUAAGAACUAAGAUAAGAAACUGAUUUUUUUUUAUAAAAUGUAACGAACAAUAACGUUUUUAUUUUUAUGUCAAUUUUUUAAAAAUAUGUAAAAU